AUGUGCAGAACGACAAUUCUUGAUGGAACUGGUGAUAUUGCCCUGGAGUACAGCGAGUUUUCAAGAAGCAAGCCCAAGUCUUAUCUGCUACGUUAUUGCUUUCAUUCUACCAGCAAGCCAGAUUUUCUCCCCUGCUCGGACCCUGCUGAUGAUCGUCUCUACCGAUUUCCCGUUGAGAAAACUUUUUGUGGGACCAAGCCCAAUUGGGACGAAACAGUACCUCCUUCGGAAGAAGACAUGAUGAUCAUGGAAGUCACCGGCUGGAGCAAAGAACAACUUUAUGCAGGGAUGAAGAAGGUCCAAGCUGAAUUGACAGAUCGAUAUACUGUCAUGAUUACCAUGAGAAUUGUUGGGCCCGUCGUCUUUUUCCUCAUAGUCAUAAGUAAGCUGAAUGAACGCUAA